AUGCUGGUGAAACUACCGGUAUCGUCCUCAGUAAUCCCUGUGACAGACCUCGUUAGUCUCCUAAACUAACCUGUGUGUCUGCGAACCCCCUCUUUUAAACUCGCCUCGCACUAUACCGCUUUGAAAUACUAUCGAGACUGAGUUUUGGGCUGUCUCCCUAAUGCCUCCUCUCCCUUCCAGUCUCCCCUGUCGCCGGAGGAGCUGAAACAACUGAACCGCCUCUACAUUGAGGAGACGGUGCGCGCCAGUACGCGUUCCAUGAGUCGUGAACUCGCUCAACUGGCAGGCUACUUUCAGAUAGCCCUCCUACCGGAGCUCGCGGUCGGUACGCAGACCAUUCCAACCAUCCUGAACCGUGCUCAGAUGCAGGCCAUCGUACCACCAAAGGCGCCAAUGCUGCGUGAGACCCUCCUUGAGCUGGGUCACAUCGCUCUGCAGCACAUAGAAUCCUCCCAGCGCGCCGCCGGACCCCCGUCAGACGCAGGCCAAUCAACCUUGGGGGCCGCCGGUCAUCAUCCGACUAGCGCCGGUACUGGUUGGCCGGCCUCUCGUCUCCGCAGUGGGCGAGGUCGACAGUCGGCCUUCAAUUCCUAG